AUGCUCUUUACUUUGAUAACAUCAAUUUUAAAUGUUAUCUUGCCUUUCCUUAUAGCACAUAGAAGCAGAGGCUUUUGGUUAAAUUCGCAUUACUUUUAUGAACAGCCGGCCGUUCGGCCAACUUUUGAAUAUUUGUUAGUAGGUGAUACAGAAGAUCCUUACCAUACUGUUAUUUGCGGUAGUGGCAAUAACUUAACUAAAGAGUUUGAAAACCAAUGCAGAGAAAUUCAGCUACAAGAGUAUGAUCCAAAUAACGAUGGCAAAACGGAUGUCAUAAACUUUAAAAUUAAACUUGAUUUAGUCGAAAACCAUACUAUAACAUCUAUUAUUCUAAUUUUAGGCCUAGACUUUCAUUUAAUGACUAUUUGUCCUUUACAAAUGCAAACCUUUGCGUUAGUCAGUAAAGAAUUUAAUAAUCCUACUUCUGGAGUGAAAUAUAAUGCCUACUUGGAAUUAGUUCAAACGUCACAUUUGUCUUGUUUAAGGCACCAUCUCGAUUCCAAGUACAACAUAUCACUUUUAGCCAACACAGAUUUUUCCGAAGAACAGGCAAUUGACAUUAUGAUAAACAGUUAUUUCAUGAGAGAAGUCACCACUCAGGUAAAGCCUUACUUUGUAAGAAGCCAACAUGGAUACACAGGAACAAUGAAAAUAGACUUAUUCUUAAAGAUACCCGAGAUGAAGAUAUUAUAUACUCCCAGCUUUUUGCAGGAGGUUAAAUGGGCUUGGCCGCAGUAUCUUUCAUUGGCUAUAACAUUCUAUUGGAUUUUUAACAGAAUUAAAAGAUUUGUUUUCAAUAAUCGCUUACUAAUGGCAUGGGAAAUUAUUCCAUGGAAGAAGAUACCGUAA